ACGACGCGUAUUACAUAAAAGUUAGGGUUUAUGGGUUUUAGUCCUGAAGCAAAAUCAAAGACACCGUUAACGUCUCUGGCUUCAUUUGGCCUUCCCUCGGUCAGAAAUUCCACUUCCACACCGCGGAACGAAACUCGCUUGCUCCGCAUUCUACUCAUGGCUCCGAGUUUCAUAUUCGAAGCACCCAGCGAUGAAGAACCCGAGUUCGAGGAAUCCGAGGAAGAAGACAAUGAAGAAGCAGAGGAAGAAGAAGGAGCAGAAGCAGAAGAGAAACCUUCUAAACCGAAACGCAAGUCUCAAUCACCAUGGGACUUCGCUUCUUUCUCCGAAUCCGUAGCAGAAGAACACGCACGCCGUGGAACCACCUCCAUCGAUUUCAAAAUCUCCAAAAUCCUCCAACAAAGCUCUGCUCCAGAGCAGCAAGAGGAGAUCUCCGAUUCCGAACCCGACAAACAAGUGGAUUAUAGAUCAGAAGAUGAUGAUGAGGAAAAGAGCAAUGCAGGUGAGAGUGAAUCGUUCUUCGCGCCAUCCGAAGGAACGUCCUUUCAUGCAAAUUCUUUCAUGGAGCUCAAUCUUUCGCGCCCUUUGCUUCGAGCUUGUGAGGCGUUGGGUUACACUAAGCCUACGCCUAUCCAGGCUGCAUGUAUACCCUUAGCCUUGACCGGGCGCGAUAUAUGCGGCAGCGCAGUUACUGGUUCUGGGAAGACGGCUGCCUAUGCGUUACCUACACUAGAAAGGCUGCUAUUCCGUCCUAAACGGAUUUCAGCAAUACGGGUUCUUAUCCUUACUCCGGCAAGAGAGUUGGCGGUGCAGGUUCACAGUAUGAUAGAGAAACUUGCUCAGUUUACUGAUAUUAGAUGUUGUCUGGUUGUUGGUGGGCUAUCAUUAAAGGCACAAGAGUCAGCUUUGAGAUUAAUGCCUGACAUUGUUGUGGCUACUCCUGGACGCAUGAUAGACCAUUUACGCAAUUCCAUGUCUGUGGAUUUGGACGAUCUUGCAGUUUUGAUCCUUGAUGAGGCAGAUCGUCUUCUAGAGCUUGGAUUCAGUGCUGAAAUUCAUGAAUUGGCCCGUCUUUGUCCUAAAAGGAGACAGACUAUGCUGUUUUCAGCUACAAUGACAGAAGAAGUUGAUGAGCUUGUCAAGCUUUCUUUGACCAGACCCUUGCGUCUCUCAGCUGAUCCAUCAGCAAAACGGCCAGCAACAUUGACUGAGGAGGUUGUAAGGAUACGUCGAAUGCGUGAAGUAAAUCAAGAAGCAGUUCUUCUGUCAUUGUGUUCAAAGACUUUCACAUCCAAAGUGAUCAUCUUCAGUGGAACCAAGCAGGCUGCACACAGGUUGAAGAUUUUGUUUCAGUUGGCUGGCCUUCAAGCUGCUGAGCUUCAUGGAGAUCUUACUCAAGUCCAGCGCCUUGAUGCCUUGGAACGUUUUAAGAAGCAGGAAGUUGAUUUUUUAAUUGCCACUGAUGUGGCUGCUCGAGGACUUGAUAUAAUUGGUGUUGAGACAGUUAUUAAUUAUGCUUGUCCUCGAGAUAUUACGAGCUAUGUUCACCGAGUGGGUCGGACAGCAAGAGCAGGUAGAGAAGGAUAUGCUGUUACAUUUGUGACUGACAAUGAUCGAUCUCUAUUGAAAGCAAUUGCAAAGAGAGUAGGUUCAAAGUUGAAGAGUCGGAUUGUUGCAGAGCAGUCUAUUGCUAAGUGGUCUCAGAAAAUUGAGGAGAUGGAAGACAAAGUGGCUGAAGUUAUUGAAGAGGAGAGGGCAGAGCGAGCCCUAAGAAAAGCUGAAAUGGAAGCAACAAAGGCUGAAAAUAUGAUCACACAUAAGGAUGAAAUUUACGCACGACCUAAAAGAACCUGGUUUAUGACUGAAAAGGAGAAAAAGCUUGUAGCAAAGGCAGCAAAGGCAUCUGUAGAAACAGAAAAAGGUUCUGCAAAUGCUGUCAUCAGUGCCCAACAGGCGGAGGACCUUAAGAUGAAGGAAAAAAGGAAACGAGAGCGUGAGGUUGUACAGUGUUCUCAUUUCAAACUUGCUUUUAUAACUUUUGCAUGGUGCACACUGCUAACAUCUAUUGAACAGAAAAAUUUACCUCGGAAGAAACGUCGAAAACUGGAAGCAGUGAGAGAAAUGUUGGAGGAUCAAAGUGAAAUGAAUGAAUCAGAAGGUAGUGGAAAAAAUAAGAAAGAGAAGGAAGGGAUAUCUUUGGUUGACUUGGCUUACAGGCGAGCAAAAGCUGUAAAAGCUGUAAAGAAGGCUGUAGAUUCUGGCAAAAUUGUGAAGAAAUCCAACAAGAAAUCGAAGCAUGCUAACCAAAGAACUCAAUCAAGGACUGAAGAGAUGCGGGAGCUAUUCCAGAAUGACAUGAGUGAGAAAAGGCAGAAAAGUACUAGUGGUGCAGGAAGGAAAAAGUCCAAGAGUUCAUUUAAGAGCAAAUCACGUUACAAGCGCAGGUAGCACAAGUACGACUACCUACUGGGUACCAAAGUUUGCAGCUAUUUAUGCUGGUGGGAGCAUGCUAUGGGUCAUAUGGUCCAGUCAGUAGACACUGCCAGAAGUGACGACAAUGAUCAGGAUCUGCACCGAUGACGAGGCAGAAGGAGGAUGUCUGUGUUGUAUACUGUCAUUAUAGAAUUAGCUUUCAAAUACUGCAAGGUAUUCAUUGUAAAAUGUAAAUGUUUUCGAAAAUGCGUUUGUUUUCAUAGAACCAAACGGACGAUUACAUCUGCAAUGAAAAUCAAUUUUGUUCAAA